AUGGGCUCCAACGACCAUCACUCCUUGGAUUGCCAGGAGUCUUCGUCCACUUACUCAUCGGUCACAGAAAUCCGUAACCACAUCUACAGCUACCUCCUUCCAAAGUGCAUUCAGCAGGCGCGACUUGUGCGAUUCGUGGGAGACCUCGGCUUCCCAGGACCAACACAAGUAUGCGCGCUUCUGAGGGCUGAGUACCUCUCGCUACUACUGCGUCAGAACUUAGUAGUAGUUCCUAUGACCUCGGCCAGCAAAUUCGCGGAAGCCUUUGGCGCGACACUGCAGUGCUAUCGAUCGAAUCUAGUCGUAAUCUGUGAUCUGAUACAAGACCAAAAUAAGAUCGACAUCUUGCCUUUGCUGUUGUCGGUCGUGGAUGCGCCGGGCCUCACGAUUGAAUUUGAAAUCGCCGACGAAUGCGAGGAUGGUUUCAAUGAUUGUGAGCUCCAGGAUCUGUCCAAACUGCUUGAUUUGGGCCGUUGGAAUAUUAGCUGGCGACAGGACUUGCGGUCCGCAGCUCUCAAGACUCUCAUGAUUCACUAUCCCUUUGGUCAAUGCGGUCGCGACUCUGAGAAGGUACCCAUGGCUGUGUGGCUACAACUUACACUCAACAAGGACUACAAGAAGCUGUGGAUGGAGGGCACGCACAGUUUCAGAGAACUUGAAGAGUUCUUGGCUGAUACCGGCUUGGAUGGGUUGACCGCAAUGGACAUUCGCGUGGGACUGACGUCGACGAAGAACAAGGGACGCGGUAAAGGAUUGCGCACGAAGGACGAGCAGAAGACGAUCGAUUGGUUAUUGGAUCGAAGUAAGAGAACACCAAACGACGUCAAAGCCCCACCGCGGAUGUUGAAAGAGCUGGAAGAUGACCAUGGAUGGCAAGCCUGAUUCGACAUGAAGGAAUUCUUUUCGCCAGGACAACGAUUGUUUUCGACAACAUGAACGACGCAUCCUUUCUUACCUUUGGCUAUGCACGUGUGCUAGCUACGAACGACUAGGCUUGGAGCCGUUACCUUCAGCGACAUUCAGCUGCACGAUGACGGUAUAUCCCAGGGACAGCAACUUCCUUCGAGCUCAACUCUGCUUUUGGUCAUCAUAUAUCAGUACUCUCAAUUGUCAUGUCGUAGG